UCAGAGCGCUUGUUCAGUGGCACAUUGAGUAGACUACCAAAGCUUCUCGAACAUGUCUGGACGCGGGAAAGGAGGAAAGGGACUCGGAAAAGGAGGCGCCAAGCGUCACCGUAAAGUGCUGCGUGAUAACAUCCAGGGUAUCACCAAGCCCGCCAUCCGCCGUCUGGCUCGUCGUGGCGGUGUGAAGCGUAUCUCCGGCCUCAUCUACGAGGAGACCCGCGGUGUCCUCAAGGUGUUCCUUGAGAACGUGAUCCGUGAUGCCGUCACCUACACCGAGCACGCCAAGAGGAAGACCGUCACCGCCAUGGAUGUUGUCUAUGCUCUGAAGAGGCAGGGACGUACCCUGUACGGCUUCGGCGGUUAAACCAUUUUCGACCAACAAUAAAUCCAAAGGCUCUUUUAAGAGCCAACCAAAUAA